AUGGCCUUUCCAAUGGUUCUCCGUCAGCCGUACCAGCAAUGCAAAGAGCGGAAGAUCGUAGUCAGUGGGUUCAGAAAAGCUGGGAUCUUCCCCUUUAAUCCCAGUGCCAUAGAUUCGAGUAAAAGAGUUCCCUCGACAUCCAAAAAGCAAAUGCCCCAAAAGACUGCGACUCCCUCCAGCCCAACUCCAUCAGCGCCACCACCACCAGCAGUAACUCCCAGCAAGUACAUGUCCCACCCCAUGGUGGCAGCAGGACUGAUUGAUCCAGAGUUGGCUGAGAUCUUGACAGAGAUAGAUAAUCAGAAGAAGAUGACGCCAAGUAAGAUAAAGGCCCAACUGAAAGCUAGGGUUAUUACUGAGGAAGAGUAUGAGAGGGAGAUGAAACUGGAGUCGGCAAGGAAAAGAAAGCGGGCCCAGACAAGAGACAGCAAGACACCGUCUCCUCGUAGCACAACCCCCCGACGCAGCAGAGAACCCCCAACCAGCCCUGCUACUGUAUCUCCCACAGGUAAUUAUCAUCAGAAAUUUUAGUUCAUAAUUCCUGACUGAGAAAUACUGAUGUUAAUGACCUGGAGUGGCUCAUGAAUGUUUUGGCUAAUUAUCAUGAAAUAUAUGUAGGCAUGUUAAUCAUGCUUUUAGCUGUUUCAACUCACAAGUUAUUAGGCUGAAAUCCUCACCAUAAAAAUCCCACCGACGCCAUCAAUGUACACCCCUACCAUACUUAAUUUCACUACAGUCAAAUUUAGCUAAAGUGCCCAUCUCUCUGCUAUGUUUCUUGUCUAACAGUCAAACAAACGAGUAAAUCCAGUAGACCUCGGAGCAGGUCACGUCAGAACACUCCUUUAGUGUGUGAAGAAUCUUGAGGAGGGGAGUGACAGUGAACUGGAAGCUGAACAACAAAAGAGCAGAGGUCCUCAAGCCAAGAGGGUUGGGUUGAGGCACAAGAUAUUGGACUAUGUUGAUGACAACUCCAAGAAUGAUGAUGAUUAUGGUAUCAACCAAGCCUCAGCCAAGGUAAGGGGAAAUGUGAUCAUGUUUCACCUGACUGAUUUGGAAUGGGGGUUCUUCAGAUCUUGGAAUUUUUCAAUACUUUGACGUUAUUGGCUGUUGUGAUAUUUUGAACAAAGCUUUGAACAAACAAAGAGAUGUAUUGAAUCUGCUAUAAUGUACCCAACGUUAGGACCCUGAGUCUACGCAUUUAAGCUAUACUGUAAAUAUUCCCUUAGAUAUUCGCCUCAGCCUAAUGUUUACAUUCAGCAAAGAGCAGAACUUCACUGGAAUACUAAUACACUUUAUUCCCUGCAGACAAUUUCUCCCCUGAAGAGAGUAUUGCCAAACACACACAAAAAGAUUGAGACAGUACACAGAAAUAUGUGGCGACCAUGUUCAGAUGAUGAGGAUUAUGUUUCUGAGAUCUCUGACCUUACCUCAACAGAUUUUGAGGACAACGAAUAUGAACAGAAGGCGAGUUUAAAUUCAUUUGGAUGAUAUAGGUUAAAUAAGAGCUGACAAAAAUCCAUAUCGCGAUGAAUUGCCUGAACUGAUGUGAUAAUGAUAAAUAGAAAGAUACGUUUAUAACAUUCACGUGCACCACAGUUAUUUUUUUUCAAUUAUCCUUUAAACUACUACUUCUAGUUUGAUGGUUGUAGUCCCAAUACAAUCACCCAUAUUAGCAAACUUAUUUCAUUUCAAACUUCACAUUUCUCUAGUAUAGGCUACUUAUCGUAAUAAAUGAUAUCAUCAUAAUGCCUGCGAAAAGUGACGGUGUCGAUAAUUUUAGUUUUAUCGUCCCAGCUCUAGACUAAAUAUUGGCUGUGCAUAGCAGGUUGUCAUUCGUUUCUAGAAUUAUUGAGAUUAUUGUAAUGUCAUGUGAAUUAUGGUUUCUUAGUGGCAGAUAUUAAAUUGGCCCCUGUUGGAUUACAGAUUGAAGCAAUGAGGAAAGCAAAGAGAAGGCGUUUGAUGCAAAGUAAAAAAGGUGAGUUUUUUUUGUCAAGACAUUGCAAUUUAGGUUGUGUAGAUCCGGAACAAACAACAAUAUUAAAACUGCAAGGUAGCCUAAUAAAUACUUUCACAGGGCGCUGUAUGUGUUUUUACAGCAAUGACAUAACUCUUAAUAUAUAUAGAUUUUUUUUUUACUUGUGUAUUUUUCAUUUUCUCUCACUUUUGGUUUAAGUGGCGCUUACAGAAUCAGAGUCAGAUGAUGACAUCACCGAUGACAGUUCGGAUGACGAGCCCUUGGUUAAGAGGAUGACCAGGAAGCCAUCAAAUGAGGAGCUGAAAACGACAGUGAAGAAACUGGUGGACCAUGUCGACCUGGAGAAAGUCACAAUGAAGGACAUUUUCAAGAGGGUUAGUCGUUCUAAUCCUUUAUGAACACCAGUUCAUUGAGUUCAUACAUUGAAUUCUCACACAUUUCCUCAUGGGUGAAUUGAGGAUAUACAGUGUAUCUUUUAAGAACCUGAUAGAUUAACCAUUUAAAAAAAACAAUAUAGUCAUUACUUAUGUUUUACUUAUUCUCUUACGAUGGGUUUCAGGUUUUUAAAAUGUACCCUCGUCAUGACCUGUCAAACAAGAAGGCCUACAUCAAGGAGACAGUGAAAAGGGUGAUUUCCUUUGUACCAUGUUGGACCUCCCAUUGCCAUAAAACAUUUUUUUUGCCAUAAAAUAUAUAAUAUUUACAGUAACACAUCUUGAAUACAUUUUAAUAAGGCUGUACAUCUACAGUAUAAAAUAUAAGGUAUGAGAUGUGCGAUUAUUAUUCUAGCUUUGAAUGGUUGUAUUUAUUGUCCAUGGUUGAAUAUGGUUUCCAGCUGUGUUACUCUUAUUGUGUUUUGCCUUUUGUUUUUCAGUUGCUGUCUCAGUGAAGUCUUUGGAGUUCUUCGCUAAUCACCACCUCCCAUAGAAAUGAAGUGUUGCUAUUCAAUGGCUGACUUACAUGAUCAACUGAUGUUACUUUUCUGUUUUCCAUCCUGUUGACUACACUGAGUGUAUUUAUGUAUAUAUUUUUUAUUUAUUUUACCUUUAUUUAACUAGACAAGUCAGUUAAGAACAAAUUCUUAUUUACAAUGACGGCCAAACCCGGACAACGCUGGCCAAUUGUGCGCCGCCCUAUGGGACUCCCAAUCACGGCCGGUUGUGAUACAGCCUGGAAUCGAACCAGGGGGUCUGUAGUGACGCCUCAAGCACUGAGAUGCAGUGCAGUGGUAUAUUGACCAUAUCAAAUCACAUUUUAUUUGCCACAUGCGCCGAAUAAAACAGGUAACCUUAGUGAAAUGCUUACUUACAAGCCGUUAACCAACAAUGCAGUUUUAAGAAAAUAAAAAAAAGUGUUAAGUAAAAAAGAAAAAUAGCAAAUAAUUAAAGAGCAGCAGUAAAAUAACAGUAGGGAGGUUAUAUACACGGGGUACCGGUACAGAGUCAAUGUGCGGGGGCACUGGUUAGUCUAGGUAAUUGAGCUAAUAUGUACAUGUGGGUAGAGUUAAAGUGACUAUGCAUAGAUAAUAAACAGAGUAGCAGCAGCGUAAAAUGACAAUGCAAAUAGUCCAGGUAGCCAUGAUUAGAUGUUCAGGAGUCUUAUGGCUUGGGGGUAGAACCUGUUAAGAAGCCUUUUGGACCUAGACUUGGCACUCCGGUACCGUUUGCCGUGCAGUAGCAGAGAGAACAGUCUAUGACUAGGGUGUCUGGAGUCUUUGACAAUUUUUAGGGCCUUCCUCUGACACCGCCUGGUAUAGAGGUCCUGGAUGGCAGGAAGCUUGGCCCCAGUGAUGUACUGGGCCGUACGCACUAUCCUCUGUAAUGCCUUGCGGUCGGAUGCUUAGCAGUUGCCAUACCAGGCAGUGAUGCAACCAGUCAGGAUGCUCUCGAUGGUGCAGCGGAAGAACUUUUAGCACACCACAUCUGGCCUUAUUGCUUAAAUAAUGUAUACAAGUACUAUUAACUACUAAUCUGUAACUACAGUAUCUCAGGCUCAGCCAGACAAAAAUACUUAUGUUUCUGUUGUACAAUGUUGUAUAAAAAAUGGCCUCUUGUCUGUUGAAUGAGGGUGAAAUGUGCGUGGUCUUUGUUUUUUAAAAUAAAAAUGUGAAAACAAUUCAUGAAUUCUUUGCUUUCUUUAUUCUGUGAGCUUAGCUACAAAUAUUCUCAAGUCAUCUUGAUGCACCCCCCUGUUCAAGUAAUUUACAUUUUGAUAUUGUUAAUUUAACCUCAAACUAAUUAUGGAUUCAAUAUUCAAUGCAUUAUAGAACAAGCACAUGCAUCUAAUAUGUGUUUAAAACACUGGUCUCUAUUAAUGGUCCAGUCUAUACCGUUUGCAUGCAAGCUAAGCAGCUGUCAAAGUGCUGUCUGUAAUGGAUUCUCUUGACUGCAGGAUUCUGUUAGGCUAUUUGCACAUUCAUAGUAUUGUAGCCUAGGACGGGUGGAUUGGCCAUCUUGCAUUUCUGGCAAAUGCCAGAUGGGCUGGUCCAUUUUUAGCCCAGUGGGCCUGUCUAACUUGGGUUUUUUGUGUGCAAAAUGAACAUUCUCUGGCUAAUAGCGGGGCCCUUAAGAAGAAAAUGGGCCGGAGAGGGGGCCUCGAGGGGGGGGAAAAUGGGCUGGUUUGGGGUCCUCAAGGAAGAAAAUGGGCCAGUGUGUUCAGAAGUCCAGGCUCGAUUUCUGGUCCCAGUCUGGACCUGCUAGGCUAGAAAGAUUGACAGAAAACAAGGACAGUCUGUUCCUUCUCAGUUGUAUUAUUGUUGCAAUGUAACAUCUCCCCAACCGGCUGAUUUACUGUAUAACAAAACAUGUCAUAGUAAUGAUCAAAUCUUUUUCUCUCAUGCUUUUUAUGUACUUGUUGCAUAUAUGUCGCACUUUAUAUUGAAUAUGUUGCACACAUUGUUCACUGAGGUUGAAAUGUAGCCUAUGUUACUGUAUCUUAGUUGUAAAAAUAAACAAAUUCCAGUCAUCUUUUUUAAUUAGAAAUAAAACAUUGUAUUCUAUGUUAUUUAAAAAAUGAUUUUACUCAUCAAUGAUAAUGAAUGACCAAAUCACUUGUAACAGAGGAAGUUCCUCCUCUCCUUAUAGUCCCUGGUUCGCCAAAGCUCUCUCUCUCUGGCCAGGGUCCAAGCGGAGGUGUUGCGAGGGGCAGUGGGGCAGGCUUUCCCCGGUCCAGGCCUGGUACUUCAGGGGUCCCUGUUCACCAACAUCCAGAAGCCACCAAAAAAGCAUGGACCG